GACUUCCUCUAACCAGAACUGAGCAUCCACAGCACUUCAAGGUGAAUCUACAGAAAAUCCUCAAGAGGACUUUUGGAUAAACUAUGGCAUCAGCAAUUACAAAGGCUACCCAGCGCCUUUCCAAGGCAUCAGAUGGUCGAGAUGACACAAAGCUGCUCAUGCAGCCUUAUACUAACUGGGAAGAGUACCUGACCCCUGGACCCCUGUCCAUCGCAAUAAUGGGAGAGUUAGUUUUCAUAUCAUCAAAUGUCGAUUUCUCCAUCAACAAAAAUCCACCCAAAGACGGCUUCAAGCACAUCAGAUACCCAGAAUCCUUCCGUGCCUGCCUGAUGCAAGUCUGCAAUGCUGGCUGGGCAGCUUUCAAUGAGGCCCACAAGAACAUGGAUCAAAUCCGCCUCUACACUGGGAAUGUGGCAGAGUACAUCAAGGUGUCCGUGACGAUCCUCCUUCAGGACAAUGAUGAGCUUAUCCAGACCCUUCUCCCUGACCAGCUUGAGAACAUCGACCACAUGGCACAGGACUGCCUGCAAUUAGCUGAGCGGACGGAAAAGAAAUUCAUGAAAGUCAUUGAGUUGAUCCAGGAGCUCCUUGAAGCGUGCACUAAUGCCAAACAGAGCUACGGUGAGGAACUUGAAAAUGUCAAGCGCAAGAUAGAGGAGGCAAAACUACGCAAGCAGGCAUCAGACGAAGCCAACACGCGUGCCGAAAAAGCUAUUAAGGAAAUGGAUAAGCAGCUCAGCGAUGCACAAAUGAGCUUCAAUGAGUCGAUGGACUCUCUACCAACUGGGUGGGAAAUUAUUGGAAUGAACCUGGUUGAAGGGCUCUCAUCAAGUGUUACUGCUGCUCUGCAGGGUGUAGUUAACACAUUCACUGGAGGCAAUUUAUUGUCUAUCGCUGCCAACCAACUCUCAUCUACUACUGAAAUCCUAAACACCUUACAGCCCCAGGGGGUUCAACCACAGAGGCAGGCAACUGAUCCAUUUGCUGCAAACAACAUUUUCUCCAAAUCGUCUGAACUUUUGACCCACUGUGAAUCUUUGAAAAUGUUUGUUGAUGAAAACAGGCAGAUCAACGAGACAGCACUUUACGAUCAGAAACGUCAAACAGCUAAUUCAAAUUUUCAGAAAAGCAGUUUCGAGAGGAUAUUAUCAUCCAUCAAAUCUGAGAAUGAAUGUGAGCCAAAAGCGCUUGCUCUGCAAAUCUGUGAGAAAGGCAUUAUCCUGUGUGUAAAGCUUGGUCAAUACGUAGUAGGGAAGCAAGCAAGGCCUGAACUAAAACCUACAUCAGACCAGGCUGCAAACAAGCUCAUUUCCCUUAUUGAGGAAAUAAACGGCCUGGCCCAAUCAUUUGACUCAAAGGGCAAAUGCCACACCAACACAGCUGCCUUCACUGUUAAACCACCUCAGCUGAGCAAAAGCCAAGCCAGUGGGCCAGAAACAAACAGCGCAAGUCAGAUUGCGACCGACAACGCCCGACUGCGCAUCGAGCAAAGCCGCGCCCAACUGGACAUGGUGAGGGAGAUGUAUCAGAAGAGUGUCGACAACAUGGAGAAGAACAAACGGGAGCUGACUGAGAUUCUGGUGACGAUGAGAAACUGCGAGGUCAAGGAGAUCGAUUUCAACACCACCAUCAAGAUGCUAAUGAAAGGUCUAGAAGCCAUGGGGAGGGUGAAGGAGCAAUGGGAGAAAAUGGUGCGAUUCUUUCAGAUGGUGUCCAACAUUGUCAAGACCUGCUUGAGCACCUGUCUGAAUAAUUUCCUGAAAACAGCCACAAAGGCCUCAAACUCAUCUCUAAUGUACUCCUCGAGGAUGUUCAUGAAAGAUAUGAUUUACAACCAGGCUUUCCAAGCCUCCAACAUUGCCAGUCUGGUGAACAUGAUCUCGGGGACUUAUGCCGAAGUCUCUGCCAAAUACCUGAUGGACCGUGUCAGUAGCCUGGGCAGACUGAUGGCCCUUGAUCCCAACAACCCACAAUUUAAAACAGAGCGACUUGGUCUCCAGACCGCUUGUGAAGAGGCACAAGAUGGAAUAAGACGACUUGUCCUUGAAAACAAGCGGAAAUUUGAGAUGAAGACGCAAGCCAGACUGAAGCAAAUUGAGGGAGAUCUACUCGCAGUAAUGCCUCCACCACGCGAGGAGGAAACAAACAAAGUGAAGGAAAUUGUUCAAAGUGCCUUCAAAGACAAAGAAAAAGAAGAGCAAUUUGCCUGAAUUGGUGAAAACUGAAUUGUCAUUACCCACAUUGGUCUAAGAAGCCAUGACUUUAAUUUGACCGCUUGCUUUGCCAUUUCUUUCUAAUAUUUUGUUAGACAUGAUGUUUUGAUAGAUUUUAUUUGAAAUAUACCAACAUACUUAUUUACAUACAUUAACCCUUAAAGGAGUACCGUCACACCGGUGUGACGGGAAUGUUGAGAAAUGAACAUUCUAAAGAAUAUCUGGGUUCAUUGAAUUCAACAUAGACUUUUAGAACCUUCAAUUGUUGCGGAACUUAGAAUGUUCAAAAACCUACACCUUUAAGGGUUAAGAAUAUCAGAUAAUACUUGCUCUGCCUCUGCCACUUGACUAGCCUGGCUAACGUCAUACCCUCAUCUCAAAUGAGACGGGGUCUGGGAACUAGGCAUUCAUUUUAUCGUAUUUGAAACGUAAUUUUACGAAUGCCCAGAGCCGUUUAUUGGGCGCAACGAAUGUCUAUCAAAUGCGUUUGUACGUGGCUCAUAACGGCUACGGUGUGUCGUCAUCGUCUUACUGCCCUCCCUCCGUUCUGUGAUUGGUCCCCUACUGUA